AUUCGUCGGAAGCUGGGAGCUGCCUCGAAUAUCUAUCACAACAUAUACGCCUUGGAUACUGGGGGGCAACUUAUAUAUAGUCAUUAUAUUCGUCUGCGCAACGACUCUAGUGACGGGCACAGCACAAUCUGAGCCGUCAUCACCUUCUACAAUUUCUACACCAAGAGUCUGCUCACCAAUCUGUCGCCGUGGCGGUCCAAAAUAUUAACGUUCGCCAACCCUCCCAACCGCCCUCUACCCGUCCGCUUGGAAACGGGAACCUAGGAUCUCACACGAAUCGUCUGAGCAGCCUUGAGCAAGCGGACGGCGAAUCUGGCGGGGCGAGACUAGAUAGUAACGAGGCAAGAUCGGAAAUCAAGCGGUAUCAAUUCGCGUCUGAUAGAGGCGGUCAAUGUCUGGCUCCUCUGGGCCACCCGUUCGGAAGGGACCUGGAUCCGAUGUCGCAGAGGGACCCUGCGUCACGAUCUGCUUCACCUCGGAUAUCCAAAUCUCCUCCGGCAGGCACGAGCACAUCGCCAAAUUCACAACAGUCGGAUCCUCGGAGACUUAGUAACCAGCCAGUCAGCAACGGGUCAUUGGAGAGCGGUAGCAUUUCCCGAACUAAUGGAGAUCUAGCACAGUCGUUACCCCAGAGGGGCUUUGGUGUGCGGAAUAUCUUAAAUCCAACGGAAACACAUCCAUCACCGACUGGGACUACCUCUUCCGCGGCAUCUGGACCAUCCGGAGCACGUCUGCAUCCGAGUCCAAAUAUACAAGGCUCUACGUUUGAGUCCAGUCCAACCGCCUCGCGGCCCUUCAUGUAUCAGAAUUAUGGGAUGACGAGCCAGCAGCAAAACCAAGCGGCUGGAGGUCUACCUUUACAGGGACCCCCGCCAGCUGACCGCGGUUCACCUGCAUCGAUACACUCCCAUCGAGAAAUCUUGGGGGCAACUCGACGAAUAUUGACCCCAAGGUCUCCCCGAGGUAGUGCCGCGGGUCAUAUACCACCACCUCAAGCGCUGAAUACUCCCCAAUCUCAUUACUAUCCUGCUCCCCCCUCCGCGUCAAACCGGGGCUAUCCAACUGAAUCUCCUGUAGGACAACACGCUCAAUCACCGCGGAUCAAUGGUCCCCAACCUCUAGGUCCUCAGUACGGAAGAGUCCACCCAUCUGGAGUUGGUCCUCCGACCACUUUGGCUCCGUUAACAACACCGCCGCCUCGGUCCCUCUCUCAACCAAUCGCGAGUCAGUUUAAUCCUCCCGGGCACGAAUCACAGCAGCCACAAGGAAGUGCCGGUAACCAUAUGAGACCUCAUAUGUAUGGACAGACCCCGCCGUACUCGACGGGUGUUCCACCUAGUGCACGUUUUCCGCCACCUUCUCUUCCGAUGGGAGAUUCAAGAUGGUCAAGCAUACUUGGAAGCGCGGGUCAGGUGGGUUCGCCAGGCGUUCGGGGCAUGAUGAGCAUGGAUGGGCAUGCGGCAAUGAAUGUAGGUGGAGAACCCUUGAUUGUCCCCCUAGACAUGUACAAUGGGUCAAAACAAGCCGACGAGAAACGACAGAGAAACGCGGGUGCCUCUGCAAGGUUCCGAGCCAGGAAGAAGGACAAGGAAAUACAACAAGGAAUGAGAAUACAGGAGCUGGAAAGUCAAAACCGCGAGCUUCUAAAGCGGCAGCAGGAAGCAGAGAAUGAGCGGGACAGGUACCGCAGCGACCGGGAUCGACUUCGCGACAUCGUCUAUCGAACUCCUGGAAUUAGCGAGCUUGCCUACCAAGGGCCUCCUAGUCCCAUCUCGACAAGGAGUGGUGGCUCUUUCGCAGAGAGGAGUCCGCUCGCCUCUAACCAGCCUACACUACCGAUGCCUUCUUAUGGAGGUGCUGAUCCCGUAACGGGUGAAAGGGCGGCACGACGACGCCGGACGGAUCCUCAACUCGAGGGUUAUAGCCCAUCCUAUGGCAUGGCUCAGACCAAUUUGCCAUCAAUGUCCCAACCUGUGCAUACUCCUCUAUCGCAGCCGGGAACUCCUUCAUCUAUGGCUCGAACCUCGCGACUACCUCCUCUGCGAUUGGAUCAACCGGCUGGAACUCCAAGCAGCGGACCGCCUACUUCAGGUACUCCGGUGCAAAGCUUCCCGCCAUACAAGCGGGAGCCAUACGAAACCGGUUGGGCGACACGAUCCAGUGCGCCGCAUGAUCCAAGCCAGCGUUAAAACACGAAUUUUAUAAUUUCAGUCAUCGGUCACUACCCUACUUUCGUUUUAUGAAGCAAAUAUUUUUAUUCUAUACUUAGUUUUUAAUAUCAACUCCUCGCACGAAAAGCGAGGUAAA